AUGAGCAAGGGAAAUAAAGCCCAAACAGAGCUAUAUGUAGCGCUCGUUGAUAAUGGCCUACUGAAGCACACAGGAAGAGAUGGAAUUCCUGAUAAUAUGAGGGAAGGGAAUACAAAGAUUUCUCCCAAUCAGCUCCAGGCUUUGAAUGGAGCGAUUGACCAAAGCCUCGAAUCUUUCCAACAGGCAGCAGAGCCUGGAUUAAAAGAUGAAUUCAGAGACAAACCUGAAGAAUUGAAAAGGCAUCUAAUUGGCUUAUGGAAGAUCGUCGACUACAAGAAACCAGAGAAUUCAGGAGUCCUUCAGCAGAAGAUCAAGGUGGUUGCGGAAAGCUCGCAACUUGACAUCAACUGGGACAACAUCGCGAAAGAGACACAGACAGAGAUAAUUAAGGAGGAGCAGCAGGAGCAGCAGGACAAAGAGCAGGACAAAGAGCAGGACAAAGAGCAGAACAAAGAGCAGGACCAAGAGCAGGACAAAGAGCAGGACAAAGAGCAGGACGAAGAGCAAGACAAAGAGCAGGACAAAGAGCAGGACCAAGAGCAGGACAAAGAGCAGGACAAAGAGCAGGACAAAGAGCAAGAAGAAGAAAGGGGAGAAGAACAGGAAAGCCAAAGCAAAGAAAAUGGAAACUAUUCCGAAUACGGCUCAUGGAGGGGUCCUGGGAGAGAACGUUCAGCUUCGCCCAUGAGCGAAGAAGCCCAGAAAACACUUGAGUCAAUUCUGCAAGCCAAUUAUGAAGGCGCCAUUGUGGCUCUGCGCCGAUAUCUGGUUUCCGAAUUCUCUGAAACGAAUGAGGCAGAAUUGAACAAGAUAAAUGACAGAAUAUCCGCGGAAAUAGUGGACAAACUGACAUGGGAUGCUGAUGCAACUCAAGGAUUUUGGAUACCAUAUAAGGCCAUUGCAGGUGUGCUGGGACCCGCAUACGCGGAAGCAAUCAGACGACUUGAGAAAAGCCCCCAUGAUGAGACUGCCCACCAAAACAUCCGCGAAGCGAAGCUUAAAUUAUAUCAUAUUUGUCUUGACAGAGGCUUUCAGCCAGCAUGGUUCGAAAAGCUCUUCCCAAAUACGUACCAUAAUAUACCUACCGGACCUAAACGUCGGUACGCGGAUGAAAACAUGGAUGCGACCAGCUACUGGCCGUAUCACUAUCAGAAUAAUGGCACCGAAAUUGUCCUCUUUGAGAAAAGGAAGAAUAUCAACAACGGAGUCAAAAGUUCCUUCGGAGUCCAGAUCUACGAUGAGGACGAAGGAAAGUACAAAAUCGUGCUGAAACCCAGCAUUGCUAACCUUGAUGGAUGGAGAAUGAGCAAGAAUGCCUUGAAAUUCGACGCCUCCGGGAGAAGAUUCAACAAGAAAGAGUUCAUCGAUGUGGACUGGAUUUAUUUCUAUACCACUGUGCCUAUUAGAUCGGCCAAUGCCUUGAAGAACAAAUCAGAUGCCACAACGGAAUUCUGUGUCAAAUUUCAUGGAUCAAUCAUUCCCAAAAUCAUCACUCGGACUACGUUGCGUGCGUUCUGGCCAGAGGAUGCUAUUAACAAAGCUAUUCAACAUAUGAGUAAAAGAGAUGGUGUAACUUUGCCGUGGGAAAUGACUGCCAACAAUAUUUAUAUCCCUAUGAACGAUUCCCGCGGUGCCAAAGUUGGAGAGCGAAAAACAAACAUGCAAGACCUGGUAAAAACGCUGCAUGGUCUCAAGAUUUCUACGGACGGAGCCAUAAAUGGGGGAAUAGCUUCACUUGGGUCGAAAUUGGGAAGCGACGAACUGUCUUCCAUCCGCAAAGAGAUGGAUUCCAGAAUUGGAGCCAUUGAUUCAAGGGUAGACAAGAUCGAGAACGAUGUGACAGACAUCAAAGAACAAAUGGUCACCAAAAACUAUAUGGAUGUGCAGUUUGAGAAGAUCAUGAAUAUGAUGGCAUCAAGGUUCUGA